AAAGAAAAGGAGGUGAAGCUGUGUGGUGCCCCAUUUCAGGUUUUUUGGGGCAGCCAAAAUGAUGUCCUUUGUCUCUCUGCUCCUGGUUGGCAUCAUGUUUCCUGCCAUCCAGGCAAAGCAAUUUAGAAAAUGUGAGCUGUCCCAGGUGCUGAAAGAUAUGGAUGGCUUUGGAGGCAUUGCUUUGCCUGAGUGGAUCUGUACUGUAUUUCAUACCAGUGGUUAUGAUACACAAACCAUAGUCAGUAACAAUGGCAGCACAGAAUAUGGACUCUUCCAGAUCAACAAUAAAUUUUGGUGCAGGGACAACCAGAUCCUUCAGUCAAGGAACAUCUGUGACAUCUCCUGUGACAAGUUCCUGGAUGAUGACCUUACUGAUGACAUGAUUUGUGCCAAGAAGAUUCUGGAUAAGGAAGGAAUUGACUGCUGCUGAUUUGCCUCUGAGUCCUGAGCCCUGUACUGGCACCAUUGGACACUUGAGGACUAUUCUCCAGUGAUGCAUGACUGGUACACUGGACUUUUGACCCUUGCUCAGUGCCCUCCAAUAACACUUUCACUACAACAAUGGAUUCCACCUCUGUCUUGAAUAAAGGGCCUGAUUUU